CUGGUUGCUUGACAACGGCUCGCCAAUGGCUGCGGUGUUAGUUUUGAAGCCAGAAAGAGGUCAACUUAAAACAGUGUGUCAAGUGAGCAAUGUUGUAAGUGGCAAGAACUGGCUGCUCACAGACCGAGACUGAUCCCCCCUUGUACAGUGAAGUGUAACAUUACUGUAGCAUUCUCGGAAUCGCAUCGAUCGAGUUGGCUUAUUAGGCAGGGAUUAUUUUUCAGUAAGUGCAGUCUCUGGUCGGUGGAGCUCAUGGAUGACCUCGUUACCGUCUUGACACUGUGCUGACAUGGGAGACUCGUGGACAACAGCAACCAUAGAGCCAUCAAUAGCAAACCACGAGAUCUCCAGCAUAUCAAGAAUGACGAUGUCCCCCUCAAGGCAUCAUAACGGCCUUUCUGGAAUGCACACUUCAACCAUGCCACUAUCCAAGAGCUCCUACAAUAUGUUAAGUGCCUUCUGCAAUGAGGAAAAUAUUCCCCAGUGUAUCUUGUACAUAAAUCAGGAGAUGGACUCUCUGGGAUUCUCCUCUGCCUGUAUUGAGGCCAGCUCACUGGGGGACAGUGGGGGACUGAAUACAGUGCCGGUCCUGAACAUUAUGUAUGAGCUGCUCCAAAUGCACCACCACAGCCAGCGUAGGCUGGAGGAGCAGGAGGUAGAGCAACUCAAGAACUCCAGUGCCCUUGAACACAUGCAGAUCACCAAUUCCAGACUAAAGGAUCAGCUGGAACUCUCCAAAAGAGAGAAGUCAGGAUUGCAUGAGGUAGAGAGGCAACUGCAACUCAAAAUCAAGACCCUGCAGAAUUGCCUGAAAACUGAGAAAGAUGAGGUACAGAAGCUCCAAAGCAUCAUUGCCAGCAGAGCCUCUCAGUAUACACAUGAUGCCAAGAGGAAGGAGAGGGAGAGCACCAAGCUCAAAGAACGCCUCAACCAGCUACUGGUGGACAAGCGGGAUAAGAAACUAGGUAUAGCGAUCGAUGUGUUGAACUACUUGGGACGGGCUGAUGGGAAGAGAAGCCAAUGGAAGACUGGAAAGGUGGAGGCAAGACAUGAGGAGGAGAUGUACAAGUCGCUGCUGAGUGACUAUGAGACCCGUCAGAGGGCCUUAAUGCUGGAGAAUGCUGAGCUGAAGAAGGUACUGCAGCAGAUGAAGAGAGACAUGGUGUCCAUUUUGAGUCCUAGGAAACCCUGCCUUAGCUCCAGAGACCGUAUAGAAGACAGGCUGGAACAGGCUGCCUCUGACAGGGAGGAGGAGGUUGGGGAUGUCAGUAGGGACACCCUGGAUCAAUCAUGUGAUCAUGCUAGGGACCACUCCUGUGAACACGCCCGGGAACAGCUAACCAAUAGUAUUCGACAACAGUGGAGGAGACUGAAGAGCCACAUGGAGAGACUGGACAGCCAGGCCUCCCUGAUGAAGCAGAGUGAGCAGUGUGCUGGUAAAGAACUGGUACCCAGACAGAUCCAUGAGGAGGAGAUGGAAAGGAUGAGACUGGAAGUCCAGCAGUGUAAAGACUUCAUCCAGACUCAGCAGCAGCUCCUGCAGCAGCAGAUAAACUCUCCCUGUUAUGAUGAUGAGACAGCUGCUUUGCUGAAUGACUGCUACACUCUGGAGGAGAAGGAGCGUCUAAAAGAGGAAUGGAGGCUCUUUGAUGAGCAGAAGAAGAAUUUUGACAGGGAGAGAAAGAACUUCACUGACGCUGCCAUUCGCCUUGGACAUGAGAAAAAGGCUUUUGAGGAAGAGCGUGCCUCGUGGCUCAAGAAUCAGUUCUUGAAUAUGACUCCAUUUGUGGACCGCAAAAGACAUUCCACAUCAGAAGCUCCUCGUGCCUUAUCAAUUAGUAGUGAACCAGAGAUGAGGAUCCCUUCCACUCCUGUCAGUCUGACUAAAUCCCGGACACACGCUGCAUUUUCAACUCCAAAAGCUACUCCUGUUGCUGGCAUCCCCUCCACAGCUGAUCUGUACCGCACAUUACGCCUCAUACCAGACAGCAGCUCGGCCAGAGGCAGUUCCAAACGAGGGAGCUGGCAGGAGUCCAACAAAAUCCACAGCAGAGAAGAUACUCCAAUCAGGUCAAAGCACAGACACGGAGGUGGAGACGGCUGCAGUAUCUUCUCUCUGGGGUCAGAGGAAAAUAGCCUCACCUGAAGACACUCCAGGACAAUUAUAUUAUUAUUUUGUGGACUCUGAUGACAAUCCAUGGCAGUGUUUGUUUAUUAGGUACCAAACAGAAGAGAAUCAUCUAAAAUGGGGACCUACUUAGAUUCUUCCAAUAAGACAUUAUUUUAGUUUUCCAUUGCAAAACACUUUCAGUGGUUUGCCCUAAUGAAAAUGAGCCAUGUUUCAAAGCCAACAUUGUCCGAUUCCACAGAAAUCUAUUGUGCAACACAUUCAUGUUGCUUGAUCAUGGACUAACACAGGACUUUGUCAUUCACCAAAACUUGUUUUAGAGGGCACUUUAUGUAUUUUUUUCUUCUUUCUCUUCUAUUUCGAUUGUUAUUAAGCAAAGAAUUUCCAUGUUUUUUAGCUUUCUCUUGAGUGACAGACACAUUUUUAUUUGAGGAAAGGGAUUCUGCAACACUACAGAUAUUUUCCAGUUUGGGAAAGCUAUCAAUAGUUUAUGGACUAGCCAAGGAAUAGUUUACACAGUGUUCACUCCAGAUAGAUUAUAGUGAUACGUUUAUUCUGUAAGUGAUAUAUGCUGCUGAAAGUGCAAUAAAAGUAUUUUUAUUUUUUCUGCCA